CGCCCCGCCACUGCAAUGCCCAAGAGGAAGGUGAGCUCCGCCGAGGGGGCGGCCAGGGAGGAGAAACCCGCUCCUGCAAAAGUGGAAGCGAAGCCCAGAAAGGCGGCGGGAAACGAUGACUCUUCAGACAAAAAAGUGCAAACAAAAGGGAAAAGGGGAGCAAAGGGAAAACAGGCCGAAGUGGCUAACCAGGAGACUAAAGAAUUACCUGUAGAAAACGGAGAAACUAAAAACGAGGAGAGUGCAGCCUCUGAUGAAGCAGGAGAGAAAGAAGCCAAGUCUGAUUCAUGUCAUAUACCAUGUCUUAUCAGUGGUCCCUGUCUCCCUUCUUGUACAAUCCAGAGGAAUAUUUUUAUCAACUAUUUUGUAAAUGCCAGUUUUUUAGUAGCUCUAGAAACAUUUUUAAGAAGGAGGGAAUCCCGCCUCAUCCCAUUUUUUAAGUGUAAAUGCUUUUUUUUAAGAGGUGAAAUCAUUUGCUGGUUGUUCAUUUUUUGGUACAACCAGAAAAUAGUGGGGUAUUAA